CCCCAUGUUCAGAAUUAUCAUGUUUAGCUAUAAGGGUCUAUAACAGCUUUCGAAAGUUUUCUCUAGUGUACAAAAGUGGAAAGCUUAUAUCACAACGAUUGAUUGUCAACUUUGUAGUUUUGGAUCGAGGAUGCAUAGAACAACAUAGCAACCGUUUGACUGCGUCGGGUAAAAGUGCAUUCUUCACCACUCAACUCGGUCCCGGUCGGUUGUCCUACCUGUUGCUAUUUGUCUGGAACUGGUGCUGUGUUGUGGUUCCGCUUGUUUGGCACAUAUAUGGAGGUUAGAAACCAGCGUGACCUCAUUGCACGUUGCAUCUCACCAGAACCGAAGCAGUAAGUUUCCAUGGAACCAUAACAACGGAAUCAGUUGUUUGUUGGAAAAACACAGAGGAGGAAAAAUUUCACUCUCCAAUCCAGCGCAGCACGGUACGGUCGUUAUUCUAACUUUAGUGAACUUCACGAGUAACAGCGCUCGAAAAACCGUAUCAAAAUGGAUCAAAUAGAGGAAAGUGGGGAAGAUUCGCAGGCACCGGAAUCCACCUUUGAGGAUGAUCUGGUUCCGAAGGAAAUUACGGAUGAGUUUUUCGAGGAGCUUUGCUCCAAAGCUAACUUGACUGUAAAAGAUCUACAAGGAAAUGGUCAGUAUGGGCUGGCUGAAGACUUUCAGAAAUUGCUCAUUACGGGUCAAAAUUUGCGACAACAGCUUAUCGAAGAGCAAGACCGAAUUGCCAAAAUGCAAGAUGAAGUGUCGGCUGCUUCGGGGCGUGUGGCGCAGGCAAUGCAACUGUCUCAGCGCGACCAAGAUACCAUACAAACUUUGAAGUCUGAAAUUCAGGAUGCUUGGAAACGUGCGGAUGCGGCCCAGACGCGUGAGCAAAACGUGCAGGAAGCGAUGAAUCAAAUGAGAGAUAAGCUUGAGAAAUUGCACACCGAAAGUGAUCGAUACGGCGAUCGUGAUGAUGAUGUCGGUUCGACGAUGAACAAACAUAAGGAAGGUAUUAUGCGCGAACGGGAUCGCUUGUACGUGGAAGUCGAAGAACUGAAUCGCCGUCUGCACACCCAGCGCCUGUACAUGGAAGAGCUGGAACAGAAAUGUUUCGAGUCGGAAACGAAGGUGAAGGAGCUUUACAAGGUGCUGGAUGAGACGUCGAAUGAAGCCUUUCGAGACAAACGCCAGCUGGAGAAUCUGCAAACACAGCACACAGAGGUGACGGCUGAGCUAGUAACAAAAACGGAGGAAGCAAAGCACUUCAAAACGUUGGCAGAAUCGAACCACAAAACCACCGUACAGCAGAGCAUGCAGAUGGCAGCUAUACGCACCAACCUGGAGCGCAUUAUGACCACCAACAAUCUGACGCAGGUGAAGCUGGCCAAGGCACAGGCAGACUUUGAUAACAUGGUACAGCUGAAGGAAAAGGUGACCAACGAGUUCAACACCAAGGUGAACAUUCUGAAACUGAAAGAAGACGAGAACAACAAAUUUCGGUUGGAAAAUGCGAAGCUGCUCAAGACCCGGGAGUUGCUGCAGAAGCGUAUACAAGCGAUCGAAGCGACGAAGGGCACUCUAGAGCAGGAAGUGGCUAAGUUGAAGAAUACGAUCGUGACAUUUGAAAAAGAUCGAGAUGCUUCCAAAAAGUCGUUCGACAUGGCCAGAAAGCAGGUCGAUGCUGUGCUCCGCGAAAGAGAUCUUGUCCGUAAAGAUCUUGUAAAGGCAAAUAAAACAAUUACCGACCAAACCGAACAAAUGACACUGCUCGACAAACACCAGAAAACGUUGGAGAACGAAAUUAAAGCUCACCAGGCCGCUGCACAAAAGCAGCAAACUUUGAUGUUAAAGGUAGAAAAAGAUCGUGACCGUAACGCGGAAGAGGUUCAGAAUCUGUCCGAUCGUAUCGAACAAUUGAACGAAGAUUUGCUGUACAAGCAGAAUCUGAUUGGAGAGUUGCGCGAAAAGCUGAAAGAAUGUGAAGCCAAACUGUUCCAAUGCCAAAAUCUGCUGGAAAUCACCCGUGGUGAGCGCAACAUUUUCGAGCGCGAUUUAACGACCUGCAGCAAGGAGACCGAAGGACUGAAGGAACGGUUGAAAAAUGCAAUCCGCACGGUUGAUCAGCUGAAAGAAGAAAAUGCCAACAAGGUGGCAGAACUGUUUAAGGCAAACAAAACGAUCGAUAAGGUGGAAAAGGAAAAGCAAACGCUCAAAACCGACGUGCAGAACAUAAGCAUCGCUUUGCAGCAUUCCAAAUCGGAGUUGAGCGAAAAGACGAACGAAAAUGCGCGGCUUAACAAAACACUUUCGGACGAUGCAACGAAUAUGACGCGAUUGAAAAAACAAUUGGAAGGCGCCAUCAAUGAAAAAGAUCUCGUCAAAGUGCAGCUUACCCAGCGUGUGGAAGAAAUCAACAAUCUGACGGAAAAGCUAAACAUGCUUAACAUGGCACUGGACCGUGGCGAAAAUCAGUACCGUGACCGACUGGACGACAUUCGGCUGCUGAAGAUUGAAAUUAGCAAUCUACGAUCGCAGCGCAAUCUAUUGACACGUGGCCUAGCCAAUACAGCCGACAUGCGUCAGGAAGUGUUGCAGCUGAAUCGCGUGCUGAAUCAGGAACGCGUGAAGGCCCGAGCCCUCGAGGACGAAAUGCUAACCCCGAUGAAUGUACAUCGUUGGCGAAAGCUUAGCGGCAAGGAUCCGGAAAAGAUGGACCUGAUCGUAAAGGUGCAAACGUUGCAGCGUCGCGUACUCUACCAAUCGGUCACCGUGUCCGAGCAGGAGAAAACGCUUCAGCAAUCGGAGAAAAUGUAUGAUGCACUGAAGGAGGUGGUAGAAAAAUUGCCAAGCCAUAAGGUUAAGGAACGACUGUCUGCCACACAACGGGCACUUACGGCGCGCACUAAAAAACUGAAGGCUCUGGCGGCAGAAAUUCGCAUCAAAGAACUUGACUGCAAAUCGAAAGAUUGCACAUUGGAACAGCUUAAGCAGGCCCUGCUAGAAACAAAAAAGGAAUUGGUGAAAGAGAAACGUGAAAAAAUAAAACUUGUCGAGAAUAUUCGCGGUCAUCGCGCAGAUGGUCCUGCCCUAGCGGGGACCAAUGCGAGCAGUGAUAUCAUCGUGAUUCGCACCACCAGCCAAACGGCGCACACUUCCAGCUAUCGUACGCUCGGUUCUGGGUUUAGGGCUAUCUGUUAAGCCGUUACCGCAACAAAAAACGAGCCAACAUCGGUGUAAAGUAUUUGUGAGACGCCCUACACGUUGCUUGAUUUACUACCCAGCUAAUAUUGACCUUUUUGUGGCUUUUUUCUCCGCUCUACGAAGACAACAAAUUGCGAACCUUACCUUCUGAUAGCACUCUGCUGUGAGUUAUAUGAGAUGUGUGAAAAUAAAUAUUAGUACAACGACCGCACGCCUAUAGUCAAAUGUCCAAACGAACAUCCUGCUGGUGCAUUCUGAUACAGGUAAGCAGAACCAUCGCGAUUGUUGUGCUUUUCAACUGUGAGCACAAGCUAUAGGGCGCGUCUA